GGUCGGGGGUAAGGGUGGGGUGGGUGGCUCCAGGCCCUGGCGCUGGGUAAAGAGGUCCCUGUCAGAGACUGUUUUUAGUGUUGAAACCCCAAGGGCCAGCUCUCUUUUAGGCCGUAAUUGUGGCGUUUCUCCAGCGGCUUUCCAGCAGGGAAGAAAGCCGGCCUGGAGACUCUCUAGACCCGCCCCCGACCUGGGACACCCAGUGCAAAGCUGCACGCUCCCAAGCCAUGCCCACAGGUUGUGGUGGGAACACAAAAUUUUAACUGUGUAUGUAGAUCAUUAACAGAGCGGGGAGGAAGGAGUCCAAACUCAGUUCCCCUGUGGUCACAGACAGCUGAGGCUCCAGACCUCCCGCAGAAAUGCUGGGCCCCCAAAUUUGGGCCUCCAUGAGGCAGGGUCUGAGCAGGGGCUUGUCUAGGAAUGUGAAGGGCAAGAAGGUAGACAUUGCCGGCAUCUACCCACCCGUGACCACCCCAUUCACCGCCACCGCAGAGGUAGACUAUGGGAAACUGGAAGAGAACCUGAACAGACUGGCCACCUUCCCCUUUCGAGAAGCAAAGGAAUAAGAAGAAGGAGAGGAGGAAGAGGAGGAGGAGGAGGAGAAGAAGAAGAACAACAACAACAAGAACAACAAGAACAAGAACAACAAGAACAAGGACAACAAGAACAAGAAGAAGAGAAGGAAGAGAGAGAGAGAAAGAGAGAGAGAGAGGAAGGGAAAGGACAGGACAGGACUGCUCCUAGGCUUCGUGGUCCAGGGUUCGACUGGAGAGUUUCCGUUCCUGACCAGCCUCGAGCGCCUGGAGGUGGUGAGCCGCGUGCGCCAGGCCAUACCCAAGGACAAGUUCCUGAUAGCCGGCUCUGGCUGCGAGUCCACGCAAGCCACAGUAGAGAUGACUGUCAGCAUGGCUCAGGUGGGUGCUGAUGUCGCCAUGGUGGUGACCCCUUGUUACUAUCGUGGCCGCAUGAGCAGCGCUGCCCUCAUUCACCACUACACCAAGGUUGCUGACGUUUCUCCAAUCCCUGUGGUGUUGUACAGUGUCCCAGCCAAUACGGGGCUAGAGCUACCUGUGGAUGCCGUGGUUACAUUGUCUCAGCACCCAAAUAUCAUCGGCUUGAAGGACAGUGGUGGAGAUGUGACCAGGAUUGGACUGAUAGUUCACAAGACCAGCAAGCAGGAUUUCCAGGUGUUGGCUGGGUCAGCUGGCUUCCUCCUGGCCAGCUAUGCUGUGGGAGCUGUUGGGGGCAUAUGUGGCUUGGCCAAUGUCUUGGGGGCCCAGGUGUGCCAGCUGGAGAGACUCUGCCUCACAGGGCAGUGGGAAGCUGCCCAGGAACUACAGCACCGUCUCAUCGAGCCCAACACUGCGGUGACCCGGCGCUUUGGAAUACCAGGGCUGAAGAAAACCAUGGACUGGUUUGGCUACUAUGGAGGUCCCUGCCGCGCCCCGUUGCAGGAGCUGAGCCCCACAGAGGAGGAGGCACUGCGCUUGGAUUUCAGCAACAAUGGCUGGCUUUAAUGACAAGCAGGAGACGCCUGGCCUGAGCUAUCUGGGACUUUUGUUCCCACAGCCUGAGGAGGAGCAGCAGGGCAUUAGGAAUUAGGGCUUAUUUUUGUCUGUGUUCUCUUGCUGUGAAAAGACGCCAAGACCAUGGCAACUCAUAAAAGAAAGUGUUUAAGGGUGGCUGGCUUACAGUUUCAGAGGUUCAGUCCAUCAUCAUCAUGGCAGGGAGCAUGGCGGCCUGCAGGCAGUCAUGGUGCUGAAGAAGAAGCAGAGAGUUCUACAUCUAGAUCUACAGGAAGCAGGAAGAGAAAGCUACUCGGCCUUGCUUGGACUUUUGAAAACCUCAAAGCCCACCUCCAGUGACACAGCCUCCAACAAGGCCACACCUUCUAAUCCUUUCAAAUAGUGCCACUCCCUAAGCAUUUAUAUAUGUUAACUUGAGGGGGGGGCAUUCUUAAUCAAACCACCACAUUCCGUCCCAGGCCUCAUAGGCCCUGUAGCCAUAUUAUAAUGCAAAAUGCAUUCAGUCCAAGUUCAAAAGUUUCCGUAGUCUAUCAGUCUGAAGACUGCUUAAAAGUUUAAAGUGUAAAGUCUCUUCUGAGGCUCACUGUAAAAUCAAAAUAAAAAAAAAAAACAGAUCAGAUAUUUCCAACAUACAAUGUCACGGAAUAUACACUGCUGUGCCAUAAGGGAGAAAUGGGAACUUAGAAGAUACUGGACCAAAACAAGCCUUAAAACAAGCUGGGCAAACUCCAAACUCGGCAUCUCCACGGCUGAUGCCAAAGUGCUCUUUAGAUCUCCAACUCUUUUCAGCUUUGUUGAGAACAGCAUGCUUCUUUCUCUUGGGCUGGUUCCACUCUCUGUCAGUAGCUUUCCUCAGCCAGUAUCCCAUGACUCUGGCAUCUCCAACAUCACGGGGGUUCCAGGAUUCGCUUUCACAGCUUCUCGCAAUGGCCGCUCUGGGCCUCCAUGCUGACACACUUCUGACACACAUCAGACACACAUCUGGCCUCAGCAGCUCUCCUUAGUCACAGAGGGAGAGUCUACAACCCCUUUCUUGUAUCCUUAACUCUAAAGUCUGAACCAUGUGUCCCAAACUGCCAAGUUCUGCCGCUUGGUGGGGCUGGAACCUUCCCCUCUCGUUCAAAUACACGUAGCUGGUAGCUGUUUUUGAUGGAUUUCCUCCAUUGUGUAAGCUUUUCCUUCAUACUGUUUCCCAACUGUUUCCCAAGUUGAAAGCUUUGCUGGGUAGCAUCUUUCUCAGGGCUCACCACUCUCUUUAUUCCAUUUAACAUCAGGCUUUUCUUUAAACUUUUUAUCUCCCUAGGCACUGAAUUUAACUCUAUUAAACUUCCGGGUGCCCCUUU